UCAAUCCUACGAUUAUUCCUUCUCUAGUUCCUUCCGUCCUGGGAAGUAGAAUGAUCGCCGUACCUCUCAGCACUUGAAGACCAAGGACACGAACAAGCUAGCUGGUAGCGAUGGCGACACACGUGCAGCAAAACGGCAGCUCCUCGACCUCAGUUCUAGAGGUCGAGCUAGAGCCGGUAUAUCUGUCAACUCCGUUACCGAAGCGGAGCUCUGCUGAACCCCAAGUCCGCGGUAAGACAAGUUGCAACGACGGCGAUGCUACCUCGAGGCAGGAUACAAGCUCGCUUCCGCCGCCGAGCACGACUACGGAUGUUGUGCAGAGAUGGAACUACCCCCGGAAAAACAUCCCGCGGGUCGCUUCGUGCUUUUGGUCGUUCAUCGUCAUGGGCGCUAACGACGCUGCUUACGGACCUCUCAUUCCAUAUAUCCAAGCGUAUUAUGAUCUCACAUAUCUCAUCGUAUCACUCCUCUUCCUCUCGCCCUUCGUAGGAUACACGGCAGCGGCGUUCCUAAACAACGUCAUCCACCUCAAGGCGGGCCAGAGGGGGGUCGCUUUCACCUCCUCGGCGUGCCAUCUGGUGGCCUACGUCAUUAUCGCCGUGCACCCGCCUUACCCGGUCCUGGUGAUCACCUUCGUCCUGGCGGGUUUCGGGAACGGCAUCGCGGACGCCGCCUGGAACGCGUGGAUCGGCAACAUGGCCCGCGCGAACGAGAUGCUCGGCUUUCUCCACGGCCUCUAUGGCGCUGGCGCCGUGCUCAGCCCGCUGAUUGCCACGACCAUGAUUACGAAGGGCAACUUGCCCUGGUACGCCUUCUACUACCUAAUGAUCGGGAUGGCCGCGGUGGAGGUAGUUGCUUCAGUUAGCUGCUUCUGGAAGGCGACCGGACGCGAGUAUAGGGAAUCCCUAACGAAGCACUCGGACUCGUCUCAGGGCAGUCUCAAGGAAGCCCUGUUCAAGCAGCCCGCCGCUCGCGUGACGUGGCUCUGCUCCCUGUUCCUGCUCGGCUACGUCGGGAUCGAGGUCGCCCUGGGGGGCUGGAUCGUCGAGUUCAUGAUCCAGGUGCGGAACGGCGAGCCCUUCGCCAGCGGCAUGACGGCGACCGGGUUCUGGCUCGGGCUGACGAUCGGGCGCGUGGUCCUGGGGUUCGUGACGCCGAAGCUGGGCGAGAAGCUCGCCAUCAUGAUAUACCUCCCGCUAACGAUGGGCCUCGAGCUCCUGUUCUGGCUCGUGCCCCAGUUCUACGUGUCCGCCGUGGCCGUGGGCCUCCAAGGGUUCUUCAUGGGGCCGCUGUUCCCCGCCGCUAUUGUCGCCGUGUCCAAGCUGCUUCCUCGACAUCUCCAUGUCGGCGCUAUCGGGUUCGCGGCGGCGUUUGGUGGUAGCGGAGCGGCUGUCUUGCCGUUUGCGGUUGGGGCGAUCGCGCAAGCGAAGGGCGUGCAGGUGCUGCAACCUAUUAUUCUGGCAUUGCUUGCUGUCAUCUGUCUUCUCUGGAUUGGGCUCCCAAAGAUGGAGAAGAAGAAGGAGUGAUGGGUCUCAUAGUUUAGGUACCUACCUUAGGUACAUAUUGAAGAUUGAGUAGAUGAUAUAUGAGAAUAUUAAGGGGCUUGUCGGCUAGCACAAAUCUACUUUGGGACCUAUCUCCUUCUCCUAACCGAAGCGCUUUCUUAUGGGGAGCAGUGCACAUGCUUACAGCAAACAAGCAAGAUCCUAUGACGUUUU